UUUUUGCGUCUGUACGAGCGUUAGUGCACUGCAGGUAAUAUAUGGUCAUCCUCAUCUAUAGUUGCCGCCAAACUUGGAAAUACCGGCCGGCGCGUGCCACACAGCAAGCAGCUAAAUGGACUGCUCCAGCGACACGGCCGUCUGCGCCGUGGCCGUGGCCGCGGCCGCGGCGCCAUCACCUCCUUCGUCAUCGCCACGGCCGCCGGCGCCGGCGCUGAGCCCGUGCGCCGCGUGCAAGAUCCUCCGCCGCCGCUGCGUGGACCGCUGCGUGCUGGCGCCCUACUUCCCGCCCACCGAGCCGCACAAGUUCGCCACCGCGCACCGGGUGUUUGGCGCCAGCAACAUCAUCAAGCUCCUACAGGAGCUGCCGGAGGCGCACCGGGGCGACGCCGUGAGCAGCAUGGUGUACGAGGCGGCGGCGCGCGUCCGGGACCCCGUGUACGGCUGCGCCGGCGCCAUCUGGCAGCUGCAGAGGCAGGUGAACGACCUCAAGGCGCAGCUGGCGCGCGCCCACGCCGAGCUCGCCGGCGCCCGCGCCCAGCACGCGCACCUCCUCGCGCUCCUCUGCGUCGAGGUCGCCGCCUCCUCGCCGCCGUCCUACGACUGCGCCGCCGGCUACUCCGCCUCCCCCUCGCGUCACCAGCUAGCGGCGGUCGUCGCGGCCAACCCCGUGAUGGCCGACGCCGUCGACGGCGCCUUGCAUCAGACGCAGGCCGGCCCCGUCAGCUGGGCCGAGGAGGCGCUCUGGACAUGA